AUGGGGGACGUUUUCAUCUGGGGCGAAAUCACCGGAGACGUCUGCGGACCCCACAAAUCCGGUACCAAAACCGAUUCCUUAUUACCCAAACCUCUAGAAUCCGCAGUAGUCCUCGAUGUCCAAAACAUUGCGUGUGGCGGCCGACACGCCGCGUUAGUCACAAAACAAGGCGAAAUCUUUUCAUGGGGCGAAGAAUUAGGCGGACGUUUAGGACAUGGAAUCGAUUCAAACGUCCCACAUCCGAAACUCAUCGAUGCCCUUAGUAACACAAACAUUGAGCUAGUGGCAUGUGGGGAGUAUCACACGUGUGCAGUUACCUUAUCCGGUGACCUCUACACAUGGGGGGAAGGGCAUUUCGGGAUACUCGGACACGAUAACGAAGUUUCACACUGGGUUCCGAAAAGGGUAAAUGGGUCAUUAGAGGGUAUCCAUGUGUCCUCCAUUUCUUGCGGGCCGUGGCAUACUGCGGUGGUGACCUCCGCGGGUCAACUUUUUACUUUUGGAGACGGGACUUUCGGGGUGUUAGGACACGGGGAUAAGAAAAGUGUUUUGAAACCUAAAGAAGUUGAGUCACUUAAAAGGGUUGAGAACUGUCGAUUAGGGCAUGGGGAUAAAGAAACUAAACUAGUUCCCACUUGUGUUGCUGCUCUUGUGGACCCGAAUUUUUGCCAGGUGGCGUGUGGGCAUAGCAUGACACUCGCACUCACGACUUCCGGGCAUGUUUACGCGAUGGGCAGUCCGGUUUACGGGCAGCUCGGGAACCCGAAUGCUGACGGGAAGCUGCCCGCUUGUAUUGAAGGUAAACUUUUAAAAUCUUUCGUGGAGGAAAUCGCUUGUGGGGCCCAUCAUGUUGCGGUUUUGACUUCGAGGACGGAGGUUUACACAUGGGGGAAAGGGGCGAAUGGUCGAUUAGGUCAUGGAGAUACAGAUGAUAGAAAUUACCCGACUUUAGUUGAAGCUUUGAAAGAUAAACAAGUGAAAGGGAUUGCUUGUGGGACAAAUUUUACUGCAGCUAUAUGUCUUCAUAAAUGGGUGUCUGGAGUUGAUCAGUCUAUGUGUUCUGGGUGUCGCCUUCCGUUUAAUUUCAAAAGAAAGCGACAUAAUUGUUACAAUUGUGGGCUUGUUUUUUGUCAUUCUUGUAGUAGCAAGAAAUCACUAAGGGCAUCCAUGGCACCUAACCCGAAUAAACCGUAUCGGGUUUGUGAUAAUUGUGUUAAUAAAUUGAAAAAAGCUAUCGAAACCGAUGCCUCUUCAGUGUCUUCCGUGAGAAGAGCGAGUAUAAACCCUAAUGAGCAAAAUGAGAAAGAUGCUAGGUCAGAAUUACGAUCUCGCCCUCGGCUCGCGAGGUUUGCUUCUAUGGAAGCGAUGAAACCAUUGGAAAGUUAUUCUUCAAAGAGGAACAAGAAGUUAGAAUUUAGUAGCAGCCGUGUUUCGCCUAUUCCUUCAGGAAGCUCUCAAUGGGGAGGGAUUAAUAUUUCUAAAUCUUUUAAUCCGGUUUUUGGGUCUUCUAAAAAGUUUUUUUCCGCUUCUGUCCCUGGUUCAAGAAUGGUGUCUCGGGCAACUUCUCCGGUGUCAAGGCGGGCCAGCCCACCUCGGUCCGCCACUCCAACACCAACUUUGGCCGGAUUAUCUUCACCAAAGAUCAUUGUGGAUGAUGCUAAAAGGACAAAUGAUAGCCUCAAUCAAGAAGUAACUAAACUAAGAGCACAGGUUGAAAGUCUAACCCGAAAAGCCAAACUUCAAGAGGUUGAGCUGGAAAGAACUUCUAAACAGCUGAAGGAGGCAAUAGCAAUUGCAGGGGAUGAAAGCUCAAAAUGCAAGGCUGCAAAAGAAGUCAUCAAAUCACUUACAGCACAACUGAAAGACAUGGCAGAAAGGCUACCAGUAGGAACUACAAGAGACAUAAGAUCUCCUUCCUUCACUUCUUUUGGAUCCAAUAUUUCUUUCAGUGAUGUGUUAAUAAACUCCUCAGUUGACCAGCUUAAUGGUCAAACUCAAACACCAGCAUAUAAAAACACUCAGUUGGUAUUAAAUGGAUCAAGUUCCAUCAUAAACAAAACAGCUGUUUCAGAAGCAACAGCAGCAAGAAAUGGUGGCAGAAGUGAUGAUGAAUGGGUUGAGCAAGAUGAACCUGGUGUUUAUAUUACACUUACCUCCUUGCCUGGAGGUAUUAAAGAUCUUAAACGAGUCCGCUUCAGUCGAAAGCGAUUUAGCGAGAAACAAGCGGAGCAAUGGUGGGCCGAGAACCGUGCGAGAGUUUAUCAACAAUAUAAUGUUCGAUUGGCUGAUAAAUCAAGUGUAGGUGUCGCAAGUGAUGACUUGGCACAGUGACAUGUAGAAACAUCAUCGUAUGUAAAUGAAUUUUCCUAAUUCGAUUUGUCGGGUUUUCGCCACAUCAUCUCCCAUCCGUUAAAUUGUUUCCUGUUUUUUCGGGGUUGAUGAUGUCGAUGAAUAUGUAAAUUCAUUGUAGGUUUUCUAGCUGUUCUUGAAAGCUGAUACCGUGUAUAUUCAUAGUUUCUUUUGGGUUUCGGUUAUUAGCUUUGAAAGUUGUAUACCUUGAAAAAAAAUCUUGCUGAUUGGU